UAUCGUUAUCGCUCACAUCAGUCGGUAAGUGUGCAGCACGACGACGAAGCUGUCCUCCCGGUGGACUCAAAAUAUUUAAAAAAAAAAAGCGAUAAUGUGCCAAGUCAGAUGUAGCUGCAUUUGAACAGCCGGGCAUUCCCGAUGAUGUAUCGAUCAGUCGUUCCUAGUUAUUAGGUAAUAUAGACAGCGAACAUGGCUGCGCCCACAGGACCGACAGGAUCUUCAACCUCCAACCCGCCCGGGUUUGAAGGUUUUCCGUUUGCCGUGGCAGUCAAACCACCGCAGGACGGCUCCGGUAAAGAGCCGGAGCAGACAGGGGAUGUGAAAAAGAAGCCAUGCAGAGCUUGUACGGACUUUAAAUCCUGGAUGAAGAUCCAUAAGAAACAGACGACAGCUGCUGUACAGGAGACCCGAGCUGCAGAGUCAGAGCCACAAGACCCACAAUGUCCAUUGGACAGGGAGGAGUUGGGGCGUAACACCUGGUCCUUCCUGCACACCAUGGCAGCGUAUUACCCCGAUAGACCAUCUUCUACCCAGCAGCAAGAGAUGGGGCAGUUCAUCAACCUUUUCUCCAAGUUCUUCCCAUGUGAUGAAUGUGCAGAAGACCUCAGGGGCAGAUUGAAAACCAAUCAGCCGGACACCAGGAGUCGCCAUGCUCUCUCUCAGUGGCUCUGUCUUAUCCACAAUGACAUUAACGUCCGGCUGGGCAAGUCCGAGUUCGACUGCUCCCGUGUCGAUGAGAGGUGGAGAGAUGGAUGGAAAGAUGGCUCCUGUGACUGAUGAGGUGUGAGGACCGAGCUCAGACAUGAGAGGAAACAACUUUGAGUGGGAACACCACAAAGUGGAGCUCACAACUCUGUUGUGGAGGAAGUUAACGUGAAGAGAGAGAGACUAUGGUGUGCACUUCAAAUUCUUCUUCUAUGGUCAGUUAAUAAAACUGAUCCGAUAAUAAAAUGAAAGAUACAAAACAAAUAGGUAUCCCUCUUUGAUUUUCAGGCUAGAACCAAACCGGUUUAGUUUCACUGAACUUGUUAAUUCCGGUUGUUGGGGAGUUUUAAAAGUUUGCGAUACAAACUUGAUAUUUAAAUUUUACAUUCAAUCUUGUGUUUGUUGACCAAUAUAGCCGUGAUUUAUCUGUUGAAGCAGUAAGUUAGUUACAAUCAGCCCAUUCAAAUGUUGUUUCCUGUUCUGAAGUCUUAUUUCACCCUGAAGGUUAAGGUUCAAAUCUCAUUUUGUCAGCAAUUCAUUAGAAAUAUCCCAAAUUAAUUCAUUUUUAAUGUCCUAUGUAUAUGAUGGACAUGAUGAUUACAGAAUGGUUUUUCAUUGAAUAUUUGUAUAGUUACUCACUUUGUCUUUUGUGAUUAUGUUCACUUAUUUGCAUAAUUUAGUGCUGGAAUUAGUAAUUAUGUAAUUUGCUAUUUACAACCAUGAUUAUUGAUAAUUUAAGUCAUUAAAUUAAGUUAAAA